GGGAACGAUGCCGCUCUGGCCCAGCGAGACGGCAGCACCCACCGCCCAUCUCGGCCUCUCCUCCCUCGCCAACCAAUCCGACACCAAGCCUCCGCCGGAACAUGAAUCAGUAAUGAAUUCCGGUGAGAGAGAUGAGUCGCCUCCCCAACCUCCCCCCGCCCGUCCUCCUCCUCAUUAACUCCCGCCCCGCCGGACAGCGCCACCUUUUCUUCCCGUAACCACCUCCAUCUGCUUCCUUAUUUCAGUUGCAAUCUCCCGAUUCCCAAAACCCACCACCAACAAUGGCCUCCUCCGCCGCCGGGAACAACGGCCUCCCCACGCACACCGCCCCUUCCGCCCCCGCCUGGCCCUCCUACAAGCCGCCCCCACCCAAGCACAACCCUCGCCGCCGGCGCUGCCUGUGCGCGUGCCUCCUCGUCACCCUCGCCGUCCUCCUCGCUCUCGCCAUCACCCUGCUCGUCCUCUUCCUCACCGUCCUCAAGGUCCGGGACCCCACCACCCGCCUCGUCUCCACGCGCCUGGCGGGGGUCGCCCCGCGCCUCACCUUCCCGGCCAUCUCCCUCCAGCUCAACGUCACGCUGCUGCUCACCGUGGCCGUGCACAACCCGAACCCGGCCUCCUUCGCCUACGACUCCGGGGGCCACACGGACCUGACCUACCGCGGCGCGCACGUCGGGGACGCCGAGAUCGACCCGGGCCGGAUCCCCAGCAAGGGCGACGGGGAGGUGAAGCUGGCGCUCACGGUGCAGGCGGACCGCCUCGCGGAAGACCUGGCGCAGCUGGUGGCGGACGUCGAGAGCGGGUCGGUGGCCAUGGAGGCCAGCACCAGGAUCCCGGGGAGGGUCACGAUCCUGGGGCUCUUCAAGCGGCACGCCGUGGCCUACUCCGACUGCAGCUUCGUCUUCGGCAUCGCGGAGAUGCGGGUGCGGAGCCAGCAGUGCCACGACCGGACAAAGCUAUGAUCGCCCGUGUUGUUCGGUGCGGGGUCACGUCACGUCACGUGGUGCCUGGCAACCGGUCUUUGCUUCCCCGUCACCCCCGUCGCCGUCGGCGUCGGCGUCGGCACCGGCCACGCACCCACAUGCUGUCUCGCUCAUAUGGAGUCGCGUCGGCAUAUUCUUCGUCUCAUCAUACGUUCCAGUAGAGCACGAGAGAGAUAGAUCAUUCUGUAUUUUCUGUUAGAGAGCCACACGCAGAGAUGCCUAGAUAGAUUAGGAACUCUAGUUCCUUGUUACCGGGUGUUAAUAUUGAUGUAUUGUAUGAUGAUGGGCUUGAUCAUUGCUUCUGUACAUAAACAGGUCGCAUUACAUUAUGGUGACACGCUUUUCUUUUUCA